AUGGCCUCGACACGCUCCACGGCGUCGAACGUGUAUCGCCACCCACUGCCCGCGUCCGGGUUCGCGUUCGACCUCGCAGCCGGAGCGGAAGUUGUCCCUCCCUCGUUGCUCGUUCAACGAUCCGCCUCGUCCCUGUCGACGUCUUCUUCCUCUUCCUCAUCGACUGGCGAAGGGGAGGACCUAACUACAGGUGCUGAAUCCACCGCGUCCUCGUCCCCCGCGCUUCGGUCUCGCAGCAACUCGAACCCGAGCAGCACCACCUUCGCGCAAUUCGGCGCCACCACAAAGGUCGGUUCUCGACCGGGUGACGAAUGGGCUCCACGCAAGGUCGAACCCGAACAGGAUCCAAAUGAUUUCUUGUGGUUGAUGACGGAGGAACCGCAUCGGACUAGGAGAAAGGCCGUGCUCAAGGCUCAUCCGGAGGUCAGUUUGGGGGGGGGGGGGAUGCUGAUCUGGAUGGUGAUCAGUGGCGACACUUUCGGCCGGUGAUGAGGCGAUGAUUGAAAUAUUGUAGGAAAGGAAGUGCUGAUCAGUUUUACCGGACCAAUCUCGGAUCUCGGAUGCAAAAAACAGAUCCGAAAACUGAUGGGCUACGAACCCUUGACCAAAUACGUCGUGCUCUUCGUCAUGGCGACACAAUUUCUCACCGCCUUCUACCUACGCAACACCCCCUUCUGGUCCUGGAAAUUCUGGAUCCUCGCCUACGUCAUCGGUGGUACCGCGAACCAAAACAUCUUCUUGGCCGUGCAUGAGAUCACGCAUAAUUUGGCCUUCCGAGGCGUCAAGGCCAACCGUGCUUUUGCGAUUCUGACGAAUUUGCCCAUUGGUGUGCCGUUUGCGAUGAUGUUCAAAAAGUAUCAUAUCGAACAUCACAAGGUGCGUCGAUUGCAGAGUGCGGAGUUCAAUUCAUGCCGGGAGGUCUGACUGGAAAUCACUCUUCACUGUGACUUAGUUCCUCGCUGAAGAUGGCAUGGACACCGAUAUUCCUUCGCGACUCGAAUUGCUCGUUUUGAAAACCGUGCUUGGCAAGACCUUCUUCGCGUCAGUUGCUUAGACCUCAACAGGCGUCUUCUGACGUGAUCAAGAGAGGUCGGACUGACCGUCUUCUCCGGCCCUCACAGCUCCUUCCAAAUCUUCUUCUACGCCUUACGCCCCGGAUUCAUCCGCUACCAAGCCCCGACGCGUUGGGUCGCUUUCAACUGGCUCGUCCAAUUGAGCUUCAAUGCCCUCGUCGUUCGAUAUCUUGGAUGGUAUUCGAUGCUUUACUUUUUGCUUUCGAGUCAUAUGGCUGGGUCGUUGCAUCCUUGUGCUGGGCACUUUAUUGCCGAGGUGAGUUGGCCUGGACUGGUCGCUUGAGGGUUUAAUAUGAUACUGAUUCGUACAUCAUUCUGUGUUCUGCUGUGGUACAGCACUACCUCUUUGAUGGUCACGACCAAGAAACUUGGUCUUACUACGGCCCUCUCAACAUCUUGGCUUACAACGUCAGUCCCACAUUUCCCCACCCGCUCUCUCCGCCGAAUACUGACCCCAGGGAUUAAUUGUCUUACCCUUCUCAGGUCGGCUAUCACAACGAACACCACGACUUUCCUUCCGUUGCUUGGACCAAACUUCCCGAACUGCGUCGUAUCGCCAGUGAUUUCUACGAUCCGCUGCCUCAACAUCUUAGUUGGCCGGGGGUGACGUUGCGUUUCAUCUUUGGUAAGUCAACACCUUCCUGGUUUCCAACUGACUGUUAGGCAAACAGAAGCUGACCAGACUUUGUUUGUGAUCGGACAGAUCCUAAAGUGGGCAUGUGGUCGCGUGUUAAACGUGAUGGUCGAGGCGGGACACCAGGUGGGGACGGCGGUGGAUCGGGCUUGACGGGCGGUCUCGAGGAUGACUGA